GUAGCUAUGAGCUACGCACUGAGUGUCAGUCCGUGUCUGAAGGUGUGUUAAAGACAUAUCUGCUGUAACUGUCGGUGUGUUUCUUAUCGGACCUGUGCGGCGGACCUGACCUGACGCUGAUUAAACCACACCGAGGAGUCUGGUCAGGCCGAAGCCGAGCGUUUGGCUGGGUUCGACUAUGGCUCUGUCAUUCCUUCUGGUCUUGGCUGCAACUGUGAUUCUUAUCCGACCAGAGACACCUGUAACUAAGGCUUUACAUCAGAACUCACUUGAGUGCUGUGGAGAGAAACAGAGAGUGAAUAUUUCAUGUUCAAAUGACACCCACUGUGAGCCAGGAUGCUUCCUACGUGUCCUUGAGAACAGCAACACUGUUUGCAUAUUCUGUGACUCAGCAGCUGUGGAUCUGGAGAACAUAACAAUCUGCACCUACAACUACACAGUGGAGAGGAAAAAUCACACAACCGUAACUACUGUCAUUCCUAAAAUUGGAGGGCCAGGUGUGGCAGCCUCUCUUCUUUUGGGAACACUGUUGAUCAGCCUGUUCCUGAUCCUCUCUGUCGCCUCCUUUUUCUACCUCAAACGCUCCAACCGACUCCCGAGCAUCUUCUACCGCCGCAACAAGGCCUUCAUAUUCCAACCAAGUGAGACAGCUGUCAUGAUUCCCUCCUCGACAGUGAGGAAGCCAAGAUAUGUCAGGAGGGAGCGGCCCUCUGCAACAUCAACACUGAACAGUGCUACCGUGCCCACCACAACUGCCACCCAAGACUAUAAUGUGUAGGAGGAGGAGGAGGCGGUAGAGGAGGGGGGGUGGGAGUGGGAGGUGGUGCAGGUAGGAGAGAGAACGCUCAGGAAAGAUUUUUAUUAUCAUGUGAAGGUUCAGCAGCAGUGUGAAGAAAGACCAGUUGACUCGUACGUAGGCGGCCAUAUUUAACUGUAGCUGCUUCUGCUGCUCUCUUGUCAUUAGGGCAGUGACUUUUUCUCUGUUUAAUGUCAAAAAAGUAUCCAGUAACUGACCCAUCAAAGUCUCUGAUAUUACAUUUGAGUUUACCACACGACAACGUAGUCAGCACAGGGAAAAUAGUUUCAGUAUUUCUCUGUAAAUUUGAAUCACAGGUUGGUUUUGUAUUUUACUCCCUCUCACGCAGCACUUCAGGUUCUGUCCUUUUGUUCUUUUAAGUCGAAACACUGUUAGUGAACUGUUUUUAACUGCUGUUUGAUGGUGUGUGUGUUUAGUUGAGAUGACUGGAAGUGAUGGGUUUCAUGAAUGUGUGAACGUGUCGGGUAAAAAAAGGAAUAGUUUGACAAUAAGGGGAAAUUAACAAUUACUAUAAUAAUAUACAUAAUAAUAACUAUAAAUAUACAUGUUUUAUUUCUUUUAAUCUGUAUAAAAAUUGAAGUGGAAAAAACACAAUUCCUCAUUGUAUGGACUGCACUGUUCCAGAAAACUACCAUUUUUCCACUUUGGGUUGUUUUUGGCUUAAAGGGACAGUUCAACCAAAAAAUCAAAAAUACAUAUUUUCCCUCUCACCUGUACUAUUUAUCAAUCUAGAUUGUUUUGGUGUGAGCUGUGGAGUGCUGGAGUAUCAGCGGUAGAGAUGUCUGCCUUCAAUAUAAUGGAACUAGAUGACACUCAGCUUGUGGUGCUCAAAGCGCCAAAAA